GGCUGUUUCGUUUAUAAAUAAUAGACCAGGGCGCAUGUUCUAGGGUUUUUCAGAGUGGAGUGUGCCGAAGAGCGUCGCAACCCUAAUCAGAAGAAGCAGAGCUUCAACUAAGUCACAGCACCAGCCAUGGGUCGUAUGCAUAGCCGCGGUAAGGGUAUAUCCUCUUCUGCUUUGCCCUACAAAAGGACACCUCCCAGUUGGCUUAAGAUCUCUUCGCAAGAUGUGGAGGAAAAUAUCUGUAAGUUCGCGAAGAAGGGUUUAACCCCAUCGCAGAUAGGUGUCAUUCUUCGAGAUUCUCAUGGUAUUGCUCAGGUGAAGAGCGUCACUGGCAGCAAAAUCCUUCGGAUCCUCAAAGCUCAUGGACUUGCGCCUGAGAUUCCAGAGGAUCUGUACCAUUUGAUUAAGAAGGCAGUUUCUAUUAGGAAGCAUCUGGAGAGAAACAGAAAGGACAAGGACUCGAAGUUUAGGUUGAUUCUAGUGGAGAGCAGAAUCCACCGUCUUGCUCGCUACUACAAGAAGACCAAGAAGCUCCCACCUGUCUGGAAGUAUGAAUCAACAACUGCUAGCACUCUGGUUGCUUAGAGAAUGCAUGCACCUUUCAUGGUUUUACUGCCUUGCAGUAGCUGUUGAGCUAGCAAUUUGCCAGAUCAUUUUGAUGUUUAUUUGAAGGCUGGAUAGGUAAUGUGGUCUUAGAUUCGCUAAGAUCUUGUGGUUAGACUGAGAAAGAUACUUCCAAGUAGUUAAGUCUAUUUAUCAAUGUGGUGUUUUAUUUUAUUUUAGCUGUUGGAGGUUGUCUUUUUAAAGAGAUGGCUGACUGCAGUUUUUGGUUUUAAUUUCGAGUAAUAUAUAUGCCGAGAAGUUGACUUUUGAUGGGUCGCAAUGUUUACUGAUUCAAGUACCA